CUUUCAAGUGCACAUUGAACCACAAAGCCAUUUACUGAAUUAUUGAUUAUAAGAAAUUGAACUUGGGUCAUUUGAAGAUAACAGAGCUGGUGUCAUAAAGGAAGAUAUUCUGUUCUCUGAAAGACCUGAGAGCACCUGUAAGAGCCGUGAGUUCCACAAAGAAGUUGAAAAUGGAAUGAUUCCUUCUUAUAUCGAACAGUUUGAAAGAGAUGCUCAGGAAAAUAUAAUUCUUCUUCACAGAUCUUCAAUGGAGCAGGAUACUAAAUGUGAGAAGGAAGAAGUUCUUCAAGAAAGCAUUCACAUGUCAUAUCCAAGAGCAAUAAGUCAACUAAUGGACAUUGGUCAAAAGGAAAUUGUAGCCACUUUUGGCAAUCCCACGGAUGUGCCUACUGACUCAAAGAAAAUGACGGGACUUUGCUGCAAGGAUGAGAGAUCCCAGAAACCUCACCAUAUUCAAAUCCAAUUAAAAUGCUUGAGAGGAAUCAAAGACAAGGUGCCUAAAGGCUCCUACUUCCUUCAGGUUUCUUUACUCAACCGACUUGGAAAUUGUGCUCUUCAUUGGUCAAAACCAGAACAAUCAAGAAACGGAACACGACCCAUCAGUCACGAUGGAAACUUUUAUGAUGUGGGAAUGUAUUUCAACCAAAGCCUCUACAUGGUUCUGCCUUCUAGUGAAGAUGUGAAACCUGGCAUGAUUCUCCUGUUUGAAUUCUUUCUCUGUGGUGGGACAUAUGUGUCUGUUGACCGGGUAGUAGGCUGGGGAGUUUUUCCUUUCUGUGACAAUAACUUUGAUAUAGUGGAGGGAAAAUUCAAAUGUCCACUUCUUCGAGGUCAUUAUGACCAGAAACUUGAACACUUCAGGAAAAUUGAGGAAUUGAUUUGUUCAAUCUCGACCACUGGUUGUGCAAUCUCUAUUUUCAGGUUUGUAAUCAGAUUUUGUGAGUAUCAAGAGAACUAUGAAAAUUCAGAGCUGUUUCUAUGUGGCCUUCCACAUGCUUUCAUACCACAACAAAUUUCAAUGAGCAGCAACCUCUCUAAUUAUUAA